AUUAUGUUUGCGCAACCACUGCCUUCGCACCGCGACAGUGAUAAGAUAGUCCUUCAAAGUUCUGCGAAGAGGGCAGCUUGAAGCAACACAGAAUAUGAUGGAAAAGCGAUAUCAGGGCGAGUGGUUGUCUCUCUCGUCAGCAUUAACACCACCACUUGCCGUUGAGGUCCUCCCGCAUGGCGUGACCAUACAUAGGAUCAUUGUACAGGUGGAGGGAAAGACCCACGAUAUCCUCAUCGGUCCUGAAAAUCCUAAAGACUAUGAAACAUUCAAAUACACCAACACCAUUAUUGGGCGGUACGCCAACCGCGUGCGGGUUGGGGAGCAUAUAGUGAAGAAGGAUGGAUUCGAGAGAUUGGCAAGGCCCGUUAGUAAUGAAUCCCCUGAAGUUUCUUUACAUGGCGGUCUCGUGGGGUUUGAUUUUGCAGUUUGGCAGCGCCUGUCCCUCGAAAACGCCAAGCUCUUCACACCUGCUGAGAUCCGCACUAUCCAGACCUCCUCUACGUCCGAGUCAUCUAAUAACACAGCUAUCUAUACGUACACAUCAGAAGACGGAGAUCAAGGUUAUCCAGGGGAAUUGCACCUGGAAACACUCGUUGCGCUGCUCCCCCCUGCACAAGGCGAGAAAGGAAAGUUGGGAAGCAUAGUGAUCUUGUACAGGGCGAGGUUAGCAAAUGAAGGCGUUACUCCCAUUAAUCUGACACAACACUGGGGAUUCAACCUCGACGCAAGCUUGCAGGAGGGUGAAAGCGGGAGGGAUAAGCUUUCAGUGAAGAAUCACAGGCUGAAUAUUAAGGCAAGCCACACUGCUGAGCUUCUUCCAAAUAGUCUCCCCUCGGGAAAAUACUGCCCAGUCGGUGGCACAGUGCACGAGCAUAACGACAAGUUAAUCAAAGAGGGAUGUCCGGACCACGGGUAUGACCACUACUAUCUUCUCGCUCCUCGCCUAUGCGAGAAACUCGUGCCACACCGUAUAUCUGCGAAAGAUUUUGAUACUGCGAAAGCAGGGGAGGAACUAAAUAUCGUAAAAGAGAUAUUCGAGAGUACGAAUGAACCAGUGGUCCAGUUGAAAAGCGAGAAAUCGGGGUUGAAGGUCGAUUUUGAUUCGAAUCAGGCAGGCCUUAUGUUCUACACGAACAACCAUCCGAACAAGCAGUUUCGAAAGAAGAUUCAUGGCGGUCCGGGAAUGAAGGACGACGGGUAUAUCAAAGGCUCCGCAGCAUUCCUCGAGUUUCACGAACCACUCUCUGCUUUCCUCCACCCCGAAGCGACGCCGAACAGUACAGACACGCUUCUUACGUCCAACGAGAUCUACAACAAUUUUGUCCGUGCAGAUAUCUUUAUGGACAGUGAGUGCGUUCGCGAGGGUUGAUAGGAUGUUGCGGGGCAUUCUCCUUCCAGAAGUGGAGGAGGGUUUCGUUGGCUAGAAAUGUACCCAUCUUCAGCUAGUCUGUCAGAAAGUUUUUUUCCUUAUCUAACUUGUACGUUUUUAUUCUUCUUGAGCACAAUAUUACCUGUUCUGUUGUCUCGACCACCCAUCA